GGUGUGUGUAUAUAAGUGGGCAGAGGAUCAUAGACAAGUGACACUUCGCAGUACCCGGUGGCCGGCGAAGGACAGGCUCGGAGCGUAAGCGAUCUCGGUUACUAGACGUUCAAGUACACAUAAAAGGCAACCAUGUGUGACGACGACACUUGCGCGCUCGUGUGCGACAAUGGCUCCGGCCUCUGCAAGGCUGGCUUCGCCGGAGACGACGCCCCUCGUGCCGUCUUCCCCUCCAUCGUCGGCCGCCCCCGUCAUCAGGGUGUGAUGGUCGGCAUGGGUCAGAAGGACGCCUACGUCGGUGAUGAGGCCCAGAGCAAGCGUGGUAUCCUCACUCUCAAGUACCCCAUCGAGCACGGUAUCAUCACCAACUGGGACGACAUGGAGAAGAUCUGGCAUCACACUUUCUACAACGAACUCCGUGUUGCUCCUGAGGAAUCUCCCGUCCUCCUCACUGAGGCUCCCCUCAACCCCAAGGCCAACCGCGAGAAGAUGACUCAGAUCAUGUUCGAGACAUUCAGCUGCCCCGCCAUGUACGUCGCAAUCCAGGCCGUGCUUUCCCUCUACGCCUCAGGUCGUACCACCGGUAUCGUCCUCGACUCUGGUGACGGUGUGUCCCACACUGUCCCCAUCUACGAAGGUUAUGCUCUUCCUCACGCCAUCAUGCGUCUCGACUUGGCCGGCCGUGACUUGACUGACUACCUCAUGAAGAUCAUGACUGAGCGUGGCUACUCCUUCACCACCACCGCCGAACGUGAAAUCGUUCGUGACGUAAAGGAGAAGCUUUGCUAUGUCGCCCUUGACUUCGAGAACGAGAUGGCUCAGGCAGCUGCAUCAACCUCCCUGGACAAGUCCUAUGAACUUCCCGACGGUCAAGUCAUCACCAUCGGCAACGAGCGUUUCCGUGCCCCUGAGUCUCUGUUCCAGCCUUCCUUCCUUGGUAUGGAAUCCUCUGGCAUCCAUGAAACUGUCUACACAUCCAUCAUGAAGUGCGACGUCGAUAUCAGGAAGGACCUGUACGCCAACACCGUCAUGUCUGGAGGUACUACCAUGUACCCUGGUAUCGCUGACCGCAUGCAGAAGGAAAUCACAACUCUGGCUCCUUCCACCAUCAAGAUCAAGAUCAUUGCUCCUCCCGAGCGUAAAUACUCCGUGUGGAUCGGUGGUUCCAUCCUGGCCUCUCUCUCCACUUUCCAGGCCAUGUGGAUCACCAAGGAGGAAUACGAUGAGUCCGGCCCCGGCAUCGUCCACCGUAAAUGUUUCUAAAUCAAAUUAUGAAAAUGUUCCAAAUGAAACUAUAUCCAUUGUUAUCUGUUUUCUCUGUUAUAUACAAAUAUGAUAUAAAGUUGAAAACAAUUUUUUGUUAUCAGAUAUGUAUGUUCUUUGAUUAUGAUAGCAAAGAAAUAAUGCAUAUUUUGUGUCUAAUUUAAGCUCAAGAAAUAAAAAAUUACACUUU